AUGGAAUUGAACAAUAUCGAAACUUAAACUCGACCAAAAUACAAAAAAUAUAAUCAACAAGGAAUUACUGUUGCUGGAGGAAAUGGAGAAGGAGAUGGAUUAAAUCAACUCUUUGAUCCUAGUAACAUAAUUAUUGAUGAGAACAAAGCUAUUCUUAUUGUUGAUAAAGGGAAUAAUCGUAUUGUUGAAUGGAAAUAUGGAUCGAACAAUGGUCAAAUCAUUGCAGGCGGAAAUAGAACCGGAGAUGAAAAUGAUCAAUUGUGUUAUCCAAUGGAUAUGAUCGAUGAUAAAGAAUAUGAUGCUUUGAUCAUUUUUGAAUUUGGUAAAAAUCGAAUAGUUCGAUGGUUUCGUAAAAAUCAAACCUAUCAUAAAAUUCUCGUUGUUGGUGUUCUACCUAUUCAUCUGGCAAUGGAUAAAAAUGGAUCUAUUUAUAUAUCUGAAAUUUGGCAGAACGAAGUAAGACGUUGGAAAGACGGAGACACAACACAUGGAAUAUUAGUUGCAGGCGGAAAUGGAAAAGGAAAUCAGCUCAACCAACUCGAUGAUCCUCGUUGUAUGUUUAUCGAUGAUGAUUAUACUCUUUAUGUAUCAGAUUGGGGAAAUAAUCGUGUUAUGAAAUGGCCAAAAGAUGCAAAAGAAGGAAUUAUUGCUGCUGGUGGAAAUGGUUAUGGAAAUAAUCUCAAUCAAUUGAGUUUUCCUGUAGGAUUGAUUGUUGAUCAUCUGGGUCACAUCUAUGUCGUAGAAAAUGGAAAUCAUCGAGUGAUGCGGUGGUGCGAAGGUGAUGCAGAUGGCUCAAUCGUUGUUGGUGGAAAUGGUGAAGGAGAAGAAUCAAAUCAAUUGAAUUCACCCACUCAUUUAUCAUUUGAUGAUGAAGGGAAUCUUUAUGUUGUUGAUCAAUAUAAUCAUCGAAUUCAAAAAUUUCAAAUAUCUUAUGAUUAA